AUGGGCAAGAAGAAGCCUCAAAAAACGAAGGAACUUUCAGUAGCAAUAGCAGAAGCUUCAAUAACAGGAGAUGAAGGCCAGCAACAGCCACAGUCUCAGACUCCCAGAAAGAGAGGUAGGCCUCGCAAGAUCAUUGAGAAACCUGAAAGCCAAGAUAAAAAAGAAGAAGAAGAAUCAGAAUCAGUAGCUAAAGAAGCUGAAGACACUACUAAUGAGAGUCAAUCGAAGAGAGUUAAAACGGGUGAGGAAGAAGAAGAAGAACAGCCAAAAGGUGAGGGUUCUUCUGCCUCUAUGGGACUGGGAGCUUCAAAGAAAGAAGAGGAUCAGACAGAGAAGAGGGAGGUAUUUCCAAAAGAGCCUCCGGCUCCAAGAAGCAGAGCUAGGCGAAAGAGUAAACCCAGAAAGAGCAGCUAGCUGAAGCUUAAAUUAGUGGUAAUAUUAAUUUAAGCCCCGCUCUUUUAUUUUUCUUUAUUAUUACGUCUAGCAAAUCAAGGAAUAGAUUUUUCCUUCCUUUUUGUUCCCUUCAUGCUGUGUAGCUUCCUGAUUCACUAUUUGCUUCUCUCUUUUAAUUCACAAAGAUAGAAAUUAAAGGGCAUAGCUUUCGUAUUGAUUGCUUCAA